CGUAAAAGGAAUAGGGACAAGAACUGAUGCUCCCAAAGACAUAAGGGAUUAAAGAUGCAAAUUUCACCAUGUCAAAAGAUAAAUAAAAUCGCCGGAGGUCCGUCGUUUUACCGGCUCUCCUCAUCUUCAGCAGUGGUGAUUUUGAUCGGCAAAGAAACCAACUGAAAAGAUCACACACAAAGUCAUGGCCAAGAGCAUCUCCUAUAUCACAUCUUCCCAGCUCCUCUCUCUCAGGCGCCGCCCAAAUAUUGCCAUUGUCGAUGUUAGGGAUGAUGAAAGGAGUUACGAUGGUCACAUUGCUGGAUCGCUGCACUUCGCCAGCGACACUUUCCUUGACAAGAUUCCAUCUUUGGUAGAAGCCGCCAAGGGAAAAGAUACCCUUGUCUUCCAUUGCGCUCUGAGCCAGGUACGUGGACCAAGAUGUGCAAGAGGGUUUGCUGAUUAUCUUGCUGAAACCAAAGCUGAUCUCGGGAUAAAGAACAUUAUGAUACUUGAACGUGGAUAUAAUGGAUGGGAAGCUUCCGGUAGACCUGUUUGUCGCUGCACUGAAGUACCCUGCAAAGGAGACAGCUAAACUGCUCGGUAUUGGGGGAAGGAAAAAGGUUCCUAUUGCCCUUUGGGUACAUAUUAUUACAGAAGUUGACUGCUGAAUUUAUCUCUGGCUAAUGAUUGCUAUAAAAAGUUGUGAUGGUUCAUGUAACUUAUUGCUUUAAGGCCAAGACUAGCCAAUGCCAAUUGUAAACGACAACCGGGGAGCGGCCUCUAUAUAGCGUGCUUAAUAUCAGAAGCAAUACCAUGUUGAAUGGAUAAAAAAUUCUGAGACAAUGUUGAAUUCAGUUUCAUCUUCAAGAUGAAUGCAUGUAAGGUUGCACCUUGACAACUUGAUAUCUUCUUGGGUUAUUACUAACAUCGGCUUUUAAUAAUCUCUAUAAGAAUACGUAGCGGUUCUCUAAAAGAAAGUUAUGAUCAAUUAUUACUUCAUUUGUCC